CGGUUUUGGGUACAUAAUUUUUUGAUCUUCUCUAGAGACAGUUUGCAGAGAUGUCUGGCCGUGGGAAAGGCGGGAAGGGGCUUGGAAAAGGUGGUGCUAAGCGCCAUCGUAAAGUGCUGCGGGAUAACAUCCAGGGUAUUACGAAGCCUGCUAUUCGCCGCUUAGCUCGUCGUGGAGGAGUAAAGCGUAUUUCUGGGCUGAUCUACGAGGAGACUCGUGGAGUGCUGAAGGUUUUCCUGGAGAACGUCAUCCGGGAUGCUGUGACUUACACCGAGCACGCCAAGAGAAAGACCGUGACUGCUAUGGAUGUGGUGUACGCCUUGAAGCGCCAAGGCCGUACUCUGUACGGAUUUGGCGGCUAAAUAGUCAUCCUGUGAGUCCAACAAACAAAUAAAACGGCCCUUUUAAGGGCCACCCACUUAUUCAUA